AUACGCAGCAAGCGGUGCAGGCAGUCAGUACAGAACAGUUGACACACGGUAGUAGUUAGGUGGCUAUCGAGUAGGCUAGCCACAGUUACUGCUAUAAAAUAUAAUUAUUACACUUAAAAAUAUUUGGAGUCGAGUGUGUUACAGUGUUUAUUAUUUUUGUUGUUGGUGCGUUUUAAAGACGAUUCAAGCAGUGAACUGUGUUUAUUUAUGUGCAAUUAUUAAGGAUAUACAGUGCCGUUUCAGCCAAGGAUCUAAUAAGAUAAACAAUGAAAUUGGUGCCAGGCCCUUUGCCACCAAUACCAACUAGCACAGCGAUGGAUAGACUGCCUUUACCCUUACCAUUCAGCCCUGAUUUAUUGUGGAGAUACCCAUUGGGUUUGUCGUCGAUGGGGCAACUUCAAACCCCAUCUUCGCCGCUAUUGGACUACAAAAGUCAGCUACCAUCGAGCUUGACAUCGGACCCUAGAAUAUGGUCUAGAGAGGACGUUUUAACGUUCUUGCGAUGGGCCGAAAGAGAGUUCGACUUGCAACCCAUCGACAUGGACAUUUUCCAGAUGAACGGCAAAGCAAUGUGCCUCUUGACCCGGCAAGAUCUAUCAGAGAGAGCCCCGGGUAGCGGUGACGUUUUGCACAACGUCCUGCAAAUCCUCGUGAGAGAAGCGAACAACUUCCAACGCAUGCUACCAUCGAGCCCCGUCACCCCGACGAGCAGACACCCGUACCCCCUCUCCCCCCACUCGCACCCUCCCACCCCCAACUGGAACAUCCUCCAGCACGACUCGUUCCACUCGUCGCACGCGGCCACCUUAGCCGCCCACUUGAUGAGCAACUCCGUCACCCUCUCCCCCGCCCCCUCCCUGGACAGCCAAUCGGGCAGCCCGCAGCAUUUGGACCAAGCCACCUUCAAUCAUUCCAUAUUCAGCACCAAUGGGAGCAACGGGAGCAAUCCCAGCGAUUCCGACGAGGACAAUUUCGAUAAAAACGGCCACCACGGCAGUCCUCCAAACACACCCAGCGCCUACUCUUUGGUACCCCCAAUGCCCCACUUACCUCCACGAAGCCCUAAAGAGAUUCAAUCGCCUGGAGCGUUUAAAUCGGUUGGAAGAGAGUUCUUCCCAAACGACACUCCUGAACCCAACACAAACGGUAGAUUGCUGUGGGACUUCCUCCAACAACUCCUUAACGACCCCAAUCAAAGAUACACGGGAUACAUCGCCUGGAAAAACAGGGAUACCGGCGUGUUUAAAAUUGUGGAUCCGGCUGGCCUUGCCAAACUUUGGGGAAUCCAGAAAAACCACUUGUCAAUGAACUACGACAAAAUGUCCAGAGCCUUAAGAUACUACUACAGAGUUAACAUCCUGAGGAAAGUCCAAGGAGAGAGGCAUUGUUACCAAUUCCUGAGGAACCCGACGGAACUCAAAAACAUAAAGAACAUUUCGCUUCUGAGGCAACAGAUGUCGCCCACAAACACGAAGCCCCCAGUGCUACCCCAGGUGACUAUCAAGCCGGAGCCGGCCGAAAUCGAAGCCCCGGAAGUCCAAAAUUGCCGUCCCAUGGAGUACGAGGAUAAACCCACCGAUUUGAGUAUGGAGGGUCCCACAGACCUGAGCAGCAGCAGCAGUAGACACGUUAAUAUUGUCUGCUCGCCGGACCCGCCCCUAGGCGGUCCGCUGCACUGAUAGUGAUAUUGUAGUGCAUUAAAAACAUUGUGACUGUAAGGUGCCAAUAUAAACUAAAAAAGAAUGUGCAAAAAAGUGAUUCAUUUGUAAAUAGUAUUUUUUAGGAUUAAUAUUUUUUAAACAGUGCAAUCUGUAUUGAUGUGCCAAAACAAUAACUUAUUUUUUUCUAUUUUUGGUCGAAGAGGAUUAUAAAAUAAUGCAAUAAUAAUUCUCAAAACCAAAAUGAUGGUGGCGACAUCGUCAGUAGGCAGCUUUAAUUUUUUUUCUUCCAUUUUUUCACAUUUUUUGUGAUGUUAGGCGACAAUAAGAUUUGGUAAAUUAUGUAACUGUACAAAAUAAUACGGCGGUUGUGGGAUUAUUCAAGCCACACGGCUCAAUUUUUUAUAUACGAAUACAAACGAAUUUUAUAUGGGACAUUCCAUUUGUAGUAAGAUUAUGCAAUUUUUACAAAACGAAUUUUCGUGGCCUUGAACUUCCAGUGCCGUUUACUUGUGUGAUCUCAAAUUUAUAACGAAAAAACUCAAAUUUUGUGAUUUUAAUAAAAGAUUAUGUAUAUUAAUGAGAUGUAGAUAUUUCUAAUAAAACGAUGUUCUAAAUUUUUCGAGGGUUUUUCCAAAUUUAUCAAACUUUUUGUCAAAAUCGUAUUUUUGUUACAAGAUUUCUAGAUAUAUAUGUAUAUAUGUAAUGAGUUGUUAACGUGUAACAAGAAUAUAAAUAUAU